AUGGCCAUUAGUUCGAGAAAAACCAACAACAAUAACCCAUCAUUGUCAAAAUCAGCUGCUGGCAAAUACGCAACACUGCCACGCCAUCAAAGGUCAAUCGCAGCGGUGGCCAAACAGAGGGGAUUAUUACAGCAGGUGACGUAUGGUGAGCGCAUCUUGCGGCGUGGCAAACGGUAUUUGCAAUUUGCCAAAGGCUCGCGUGUCUCGUGGCGUACAACUGGCAAAAAUAAUAUUUUGAAGGUGAAUACCCUCUGGGGUUAUGGUUAUGGAUUUCGCGCCAAUUUCCCCUUUCCUGGUCCUGAGGAGUCGCGGCGUCCCUUCUUCAAGCGCGAUGUAUUACAUUCACUUGCAGAUGUCCUGGACGGACAUGGCUUGGAUGGCCGAGCUUGCAUCCUGAAGUCUUAUUGUACGGCCGCUUUAGAUGUGGACUCAAAUAUUAGCGGUGGCAUGCUUUUCAAAAUGCUGAAACUUAUUUUUACGUUGAAGGAGCACGACAAGCGCCACUUUCCCUAUCUACGCCUGGAGAAUUGUAAACAAAUAUUGCAUAGUCACUGUCCAUUGAGCUUUAACAGCAUAUCACCAUACACGGACGAUGUAUGAGCAAAAUCAAAAGCAAAAAAUAAAAAAUAAAAAUAAAAAAGGAAACAUAAAAAAAG